ACUUCCGGCGGUGCUCCCGGCUCCUAACCGCGCAAGCUACGUCCCUCGACGCUCGACCCCGGUGAACGCGGACCACUUCCGGGUUAUACUCCAACAUCGCGAGCUGCGAUUGGACGAACAUAGGAGCCACUUCCGGCGCCCAGGUGCUUUGGCUCUGGCUGGAGGAGGAAGAUGGAGCUCUGUGCUGCAGCCCGCGCUUGGUCUCUGUUCUGGCUGCUGCUGCCCUUGCUUGGUGGAGCCUGCGCCAGCGGCCCCCGCACCUUAGUGUUACUGGACAACCUCAACCUACGGGAGACGCAUUCGCUUUUCUUCCGAAGCUUAAAGGAUCGGGGUUUUGAACUCACUUUCAAGACGGCGGAUGACCCCAGCCUGUCCCUCAUUAAGUACGGGGAGUUCCUUUAUGACAAUCUCAUCAUCUUCUCUCCUUCGGUUGAAGACUUUGGAGGCAACAUCAACGUGGAGACCAUCAGUACCUUCAUCGACGGGGGCGGCAGUGUCCUGGUCGCUGCCAGCUCAGACAUCGGUGACCCACUUCGCGAGCUGGGCAGUGAGUGUGGGAUUGAGUUUGACGAGGAGAAGACAGCUGUCAUUGACCACCACAACUAUGACGUCUCAGACCUUGGCCAGCACACGCUCAUUGUGGCCGACACUGAGAACCUGCUGAAGGCCCCGACCAUCGUGGGGAAGUCCUCCCUGAACCCCAUCCUCUUUCGAGGUGUUGGGAUGGUGGCUGACCCUGAUAACCCUCUGGUCUUGGAUAUCCUGACAGGCUCAUCCACCUCUUACUCCUUCUUCCCGGAUAAACCUAUCACCCAGUAUCCUCAUGCGGUGGGAAAGAACACGCUCCUCAUUGCCGGGCUCCAGGCCAGGAACAAUGCUCGGGUUAUCUUCAGUGGCUCUUUGGACUUCUUCAGCGAUGCCUUCUUCAACUCCGCAGUGCAGAAGGCCACGCCCGGCUCCCAGAGGUAUUCCCAGACAGGCAACUACGAGCUAGCUGUGGCCCUCUCCCGCUGGGUGUUCAAGGAGGAGGGUGUCCUCCGUGUGGGCCCUGUGUCCCAUCAUCGGGUGGGCGAGAUGGCCCCACCCAACGCCUACACUGUCACGGACCUUGUGGAGUACAGCAUCGUGAUCGAGCAGCUCUCAAAUGGCAGGUGGGUCCCCUUUGAUGGUGAUGACAUUCAGCUGGAGUUUGUCCGCAUCGACCCCUUCGUGAGGACCUUCCUGAAGAAGAAAGGUGGCAGAUACAGCGUGCAGUUCAAGCUGCCGGACGUGUACGGCGUUUUCCAGUUUAAAGUGGAUUACAACCGGCUGGGCUACACGCACCUCUACUCCUCGACCCAGGUGUCAGUGAGGCCACUGCAGCACACGCAGUACGAGCGCUUCAUCCCCUCGGCCUACCCCUACUACGCCAGCGCCUUCUCCAUGAUGGCGGGGCUCUUCAUCUUCAGCAUCGUCUUCUUGCACAUGAAGGAGAAGGAGAAGUCCGACUGAGGGCCGGGCCCUGGACUGCCGCAGGAGACGAGGGUGUGUAGUGGCAUCCGGAGUUGUUCCCUCAUGGUGGGUUGUUUGUUUUUUUGUUUUUAACUUUUUAUAAGCCGUGGGACAGUGGCACAGCCUUACCUCAGCAGGAGAUGCAGCACGAGAACCGAGGCGCGGGCCCGGGGAGUAACCUUCAUGUUGGAGUUUAAGUGGUAUUUUUUGUACGUGCGGUCACUCUCAUUUCUAAAAUAAAGAGAAACAUCGCCCUCAAACUUU